AUGCUUUACAAAGAAGUUAUAUGUUUUUUCAUUCUUCUUUCUGUUAUUCUUCUUUUAAAUCAUCUAUUUGGACACGUAAAAAAAGUUUCGAAGACAUUGAUUGCCAGCCAGCCUGACGAAAAUUAUCAACAAGUUAGAAAAUUAUUAAAAGACGUGCAUAUAAAGAACAUUAAAUAUGACGAAUUUGAUGUAUUAGAAUAUUUUGCGGAUGGAGGUACUUGUCAAGUUAAAAAGGCAAUGUGGAGUAAUGGAAGUAACAAAAAAUAUGUUGUUCUAAAAUACGUGAGAGCGGAAUCAAUCCAGGAACUUGAUAGAGAGCUCAAAGUUCACCGUGCAAUAAACAUUAAAAACUCUCACGAAAAUAUUAUAAAGUUUCACGGACUAAGAAAACUCAAGGAGAAAACAAUAAUUACUGGGUCCGUAUUCAAAGGGUGGGAAAAAUGUUGCGAAAAUUAUCCUCAUUAUUCAUCAAUUCCUAGAUUGUUCAAGAAAAGAACUCUAUCCGAGCCCGAUUCUAUUUCUUUAAAUUUAAUAGCAAAUGAACGAACUACGGAAUUACUAGUUAAUCUACAGGAAAUAGAUAAAUGGUGCAUUGAACAACCGAAGAACGAAGUGAUGAAAUUUAUUAAACAGAGUGCACCCAACCUUGCCAAACUAAUAGAGCAUAAAAAUUUUUCUAUUAAUGAAAAUUCUUUCGCUCACUAA